UCCACACUGGCCCACGACGCUCGCACCGCACCUCCCUUCCCGUUUCUUCCUGUCCAGGCGUCCUGCCCACCUCGUCUCCGCCAUUUCCCUGCGCAUCUGGAGUUGUUUGUUCUAAACCCCCAACCCUAACCGCUGCGCCGCCGGCGGCGCAGCCGCAGCCAUGAACGCCUUCCGGUUCCUCGGGGACAUGACCCACCUCUUCUCUGUCCUCAUCCUCCUCCUCAAGAUCUACGCCACCAAGUCCUGCUCAGGGGUGUCGAGGAAGACGCAGGAGCUGUACAUGCUGGUGUUCGUGGCGAGGUACCUGGACCUGUUCACGGACUACGUCUCGCUCUACAACUCGGUGAUGAAGGUGGUGUUCAUCACCAGCUCGGCGGCGAUCGUGUGGUGCAUGCGGCGCCACCCGCAGGUCCGGCGCACGUACGACAAGGAUCAGGACACCUUCCGCCAUGUGGCGCUCGUCGCUGCCGCCUUCGUGCUCGCGCUGAUUUUCAACGAGCGGUUCACCUUCCGCGAGAUAUGCUGGGCAUUUUCAAUAUACUUGGAGGCAGUGGCAAUUCUCCCGCAGUUAGUUUUACUCCAGAGAAGCAGAAAUGUGGAUAACUUGACUGGACAAUACGUUUUGUUCCUCGGGGCCUACCGUGCAUUCUACAUUCUAAACUGGAUUUAUCGUUAUUUCACGGAGGGUCACCACAGCAGAUGGAUCCCUUGGCUUGCUGGUUUGGUGCAGACAGCUUUGUAUGCUGAUUUCUUUUACUACUAUUUCUUAAGUUGGAAGAACAAUGUGAAGCUCGAGUUGCCUGCUUGAUGUUUGGUAGUCGUGCCAGAAAAUGUGCACACUACAUUGACUCAAGCGUUCUAGAAAUUAGUUGAUAAUAUUGGCAGGGAGAGACUUGGUAAUGAGGUGAGCAGUUGCAGUUGAUACUAUACCCUUGGUCUUACCUGUGAGAAUUGAUUUUUGUGUUUCCCAUGGCGAAGUCCAUACGUUUCGGAAGCUAACAGAUGCUGCUGCACAGUAGUAGGUUAGCCCCCCUUUUGUACCUCAAUACUUUUGAUAUGGAAUAUCACAUACAAUUCAGAUGGUUUCCAGUUGCCGUGAACAAACAAUGUGAUUUCCAGUGUUCUUGCCAGGUUCUUGUAAAACCGAUAUGUUCUGAACUAUGCAUUUUCUUGUGCUUGAUGUACUAGAAAUUUUCGCUUCGACA